AUGGUACCCAUCGCAGAACUCGGCAGGAGGCUCAUUCCUCGUAUCCUGGAUGACAUGUCUAGAGAUGAACCGGAUCGAGUUAUCUACUCCAUCACCAAGUCUGCUGAUAUCUCUGAGGGUUUUGACGAGAUCACGGCUCGCGACUUUGCUGACGCGGUGAACAAGACCGCCUGGUGGCUGGAAGGCCUUGCUGGCAAGAGCGAAUCGUUUCAGACGAUUGGCUAUAUUGGACUACAUGACAUCCGCUAUUUUCUGCUGAACUUGGCAUGUGUCAAAGUCGGAUACCAAGUCAUCUUUCUGUCGCCAGGUAACAGCAUUGAAGCUGCGCUGGGUCUUCUCGAAGCGACAAAAUGUGCCCUUUGGGUUCAUCCCGUCGACUACCCACCGUAUCCUCUGGUCGAAAAGAUCCAACAGACCCGGGAACUGCGUAUUCUAGAGAUCCCCACUGUCGCUGAACUCCUCGAAGCGUCUAGCUCACCUAAUUAUCCUUACAUCAAGACCUACGACGAAGCUAUGGGUGACCCGUUCUGCAUCCUCCAUACAUCUGGUACCACAGGACUGCCGAAGCCUAUUUACCUCAGCAACGGCUUGCUUGCUACCAUGGACGCCGCUCGCAUUUUACCACCGUUUGAGGGUGACAAUGGGACUCGUCCGUGGGCAACCUUGUAUGAAAAGGGCGAUAGACUGUAUUCCCCUUGUGUACUUCUUCAUGGUCCCGGGAUCUUCAUGAACCUGUUUGCGACGUUCCUUUUUGACACGCAUAGCGUCAUGGGUCCCGUCGGCGUUCACCCUGACAUGAAUCUGCUUGCGUCACUUGCAGACCAUGGCAACAUUGAUAUUUGGCACUUCAUGCCUGUGUACGUCAAUGAACUGGGCCAACGCCCAGAAGUACUAGAAAAGUUCAGAUCAUCCAAGUUUAUCGGAGCUGGUGGAGGUCCUGUUAGCACAGAGCUCGCCGCCAAGGUGAACGAAGUCGUACGUAACUUAAUCAUCAAACACCUGAGAAAGCCUAAUCUCUGGCUUUACAUGGGUAGAAGUAACGACAUCAUCUGUUUGGAAGAUGCGCAGAAGCUGUCUCCCAUUGAGACGGAGAACAUGAUCUGUGCUCAUCCCAGUGUCAAAGGAUGUGUCAUGAUUGGGAACGGGCAGAAGUUUGCGUGUCUGAUGGUAGAGCUGAAAGACGACACGCCAAGAGAUACAAAAACCAUUCAAGGGCUGAGGGAAAGUCUUGGGGAUAUUGUUGAUCAAGCAGAUCAAAAUCAGUUGCUGAGGGGCUACUUGAGAAGAGAUUAUAUUAUCAUCGCGGUUCCCAAGCGCCCUCUUCGACGGACUGAGAAAGGGACUAUUUCGCGUCGAGCUGCUUUACAGCUCUACGAAGAAGACAUCGAUAUGUUUUAUCGCUUGAAGGGAGAAGCGACUGUAGGUGUUGGCCAACGUGUAGCUGGAGGGGCAUAG